AUGGCAGCAAAAGGAAAGGGGAAAGAGCCUGCUUUUCCCGAUGACAUCAUCAAUCGGUUAUUGACAUCCCGGCAUUUGAGCACCGUGCGGCAGGUGCAGAUGUCGGAGAAUGAGAUCCGCACUCUCUGUACUGCCUCGCGUGAAAUCCUUCUUUCACAGCCUAAUCUCCUUGAGCUUGAUGCUCCUAUAAAGAUUUGUGGCAACAUUCAUGGUCAGAUAUAUGGAUUCUAUGACGAAUGUAAACGUCGCUACAAUGUGAGACUAUGGAAAGUCUUUACUGAUUGUUUUAACUGCCUACCGGUGGCUGCUCUUAUUGAUGAGAAAAUAAUCUGCAUGCAUGGUGGCCUUUCUCCUUAUCUAAUAAACUUUGAUCAAAUAAGGACUAUGUCUCGUCCAACUGAUGUUCCCGAUACUGGUUUGCUUUGCGACUUACUUUGGUCGGAUCCUGUCAAAGGAGAAGGUUGGGUGAUGAGCGAUAGGGGGGUCUCACACACAUUUGGCUCGGAUAAGGCUUCUUUUCCCCACAAUUUACCUCCCAGAAUUUCUGCAAGUGCACAAACUGCUGAAGCUUCAACAAGUUCUUCAAUACCAUCAGAAAUGAAGGCAUGGAGUUAUGGUGAGUAUGGUGGGGUGGAUGUGUUGAAGUUUGAGUCAAAUGUUGCAGUGCCUGAAGUGAAAGAGGAUCAGAUUUUGAUUAAAAUAGUUGCUGCUGCUCUUAAACCUGUUCAUUUGAAGAGGAGACUGGGGAAAUUCCAGGCCACCGAUACACCUCUUCCUCUAACUUUCUUUAACCCUCUUUUCUUCUGA